AUGUGCACAAUUGCUUCAAAAAUUGUUCCAAAAAAUGCAGAUGAAAGGCGGUUUAAAAAAGAAAGCAAAUGUCAUUUAGCUUUGGAAAAAUUUCGUCAAAUGGAUGGGGAAACAUUAAUUUCUGCAAAGAGGUUACUUUGGAGAUGCUUUGAAGAUUUUGAGAAACAACCAGAUUCUAUUUCUGCCGAUCUAGCUUCUGAUUUGAAAAAUGCUUUGAUUUUUUGUAAGUAAUAAUUUUUAUUUUUGAGGUAAUAGAAGGGGUGGGUUAAUGUUUUUUAACUAGAAUCUUUGUCCUUUGUUUCACAUUUGUUUCUUUAUAUUUUUAUUAUGACGGAAAUGUCUGUAGUAGGGUUGUCGGUUUACCAAAUUUUUUGGUUAACCGAAC